GUAGGCUACCUGUCAGAGCACGCUAUGAUGGGGUUGAGUCAUUUAUAUUUUAUAGUCUUCUACAGAAUCACUGGACAGUAGCUGCACAGGAAGACCAAUCAUUACUAGUAAUAUGAACAUUCAUAUCAGACACAGACAACUGUGUAUAGUAUUUAUAAUGGGCGUGGUUCAUUGUUGAGGGCAGGGCAAAGUGCGCAUUUCAUAUAUUAGAUUGCCUGUACAAACGCCACCUGUACGGAGCAAGGUACAGUAGGCUACGAACCAUAACACUUUGGAUUUACAACGGGAAACGGACCUUCAUGAUGACACUGGACCCGUUGAAAUCGGCCAUGUCCAUUGGGAAUGUGGAGGAGACAUCUCUUGCUUUGCCGUCCGAUAACAAACUUCGGUCCAAAGAGCAGCGUGUCUUGGAUCAGGUGCAAACCAUUAAGAGGGGCAAGUCGAAGUACAGUAAAAAUGGAUCUUUAUCGUCGCCAACGAAAUCGCCAACGAGUCCUAUGUACAUCAGCGUAUUCACUGACUCCAUUAAGUCACCUACCAGUCCCAAUGGAAUUGUCUUCUCGAAUGGUACAAAUGGCUUCUCUAGAACGCUCAGCCAUGAGCAGAGCAUCAAGCGAAUGGUACUGUCCUCCAAGGGAUCUACUGUUCAGAGAAACAUGAGCAGCUCCAGCCAGUGGGAGAGACGAUUACCUCUCAGUCCCCCUGUAGCCAGGGGUCAGCGCAACAGCAGCCGCAGUGUGCCUGAUGUGGACCGCUUCCCCUUCCCCACCACUACACAGCGCCCUUCCCAGGCCCCGGCUUUAGCCCUGCAGCAGUUGCAGUCCUCGGUACCCGCCCGGCAGCUCCAAUCUAACAGAUCCAGCUUCUUCCUUACUGAGAGGGGCAACAGCCAGUUCAUCUCCGACGGCAACGGCCCCUCUCAGGUCAUUGUCAACGGCAACGAUGUGCAGAAAAAGCACAGCCAGUUGAUUGCCACCCGUCAGACGAAAAGCAGCGGCCAGAUUACCACCAGCCAAUCUCGUAUUGAGAGGGCACCAUCGAACCCCUCCAUGGCCGAGCCCAAGAUAUCAGUGGGCAAGAGCAAGAUUGAAGCAGGGAUGAAUGAUGAUGGCCAGCUUGCUGAUAUUACCAUGACGGAGGCGGUGCAGUACCUGUCCAGUGGAGAUGGGAACUACCAGCACUAUGGCGCCUCAUUCAUCCAACACUCUACCUACUCAGAGGACAAGGCCAAGCAGGAGGUGUUGCGGCUCAAAGGGAUCCCUCCUCUGGUGAACCUGCUGAAGAGUCCCAGUCCCCAGGUCCAACAGACAGCCUCGGCCGCCCUGCGGAACCUUGCCUUUAAAGAUGCGGGCAACAAGGAGGAGGUCCAGCGCUGUGGGGGCAUCACUGAGGCCCUAGCCCUGCUCCGAGACACAGACUCUACCGAGACACAGAAACAACUCACAGGUCUCCUUUGGAACCUGUCGUCUGCAGACAGUCUGAAGCCAGAGCUUGUGCGUAGCGCUCUGCCUGUUCUGACUGAGACUGUGGUAGUACCUUACACAGGAGGAGUAGAUGAGACCAACAAGAACCUGGACCCAGAGGUCUUCUACCAUGCUACAGCAUGUCUACGAAAUCUGAGCUGUGCGACGCAAAGCAACAGGCAGGCCAUGCGUAACUGUCGAGGCCUCAUCGACUCUCUGGGCAGUUACGUCCAGGAUUGUGUAGCUGCAGAGAGGCCAGAUGACAAGUCUGUGGAGAACUGUGUCUGUGUCCUGCACAACCUGAGCUUCCAGCUGGAGAGUGAGGCCCCGGCCCUGUUCAGCCGGAUCACUGCCCUGGCCGGGACCGUCAACCGGGCCAACGCCUCCGCUGAGACCGGCCCCAUUGGCUGUUUCAGCCAACAGAGCAGCAAGAUCCAGGAGCAGGAGAGUCACUUUGACUACCCCGUGAUGGAGGAGCAGCAUCCUAAAGGAGCGGGCUGGCUCUUCCACUCCAAGACCAUGCAGAGUUACCUGUCUCUGCUGAGGUCCAGCCAGAGAGAAGACACCCUGGAGGCCUGCUGUGGAGCCCUGCAGAACCUCACCGCUAACCAAGGCAUUGUUUCUAGAGUGAUGAGCCAGAACAUUGUCCAGAAGCUGAACGGCUUGCCUGAAAUCUCUCGCCUGCUGCAAUCUCCCAACCCCAGCCUACAGAAGACUGCUGUGGCUUUGGUGUCAAACCUAGCCAAGAACCAACGCCUUCAGAGCAUCAUGGCCCGACAGACGUUCCCAGACCUGGUUGGCAUCCUCAGCUCAGGGACCAAGGAAGGGACAGAGUCUGACGACACCCUGGCCAUGGCGUGCCAAACCAGCCACAGUCUUCUGAUGAAGGAGCCUGAGCUGGGGAAGCGCCUGCUGAGCAACAACCUGGUCAACUCACUCAACGACCUGAGCAAGAACAGGCUUUUCCCAAAGGCAAGCAAAGCUGCAGGUGUGCUCCUCUACAGCCUCUGGUCAGAGAAGGACAUACAGAGUUUCCUAAAAAAGCAAGGGAUGAAUAAGGGUUCCUUUGUGAAUGACAUCACCAGCGUGGCUCACAGGUCUGUGCAGGUCGUUGAGUAACAAGAAGACAGCUGACAUGGAUCUCACAGCACCUCCUCCCAAUGUACUGAUGGACUAUACACCUACUACAGUACAUGUCAGACUGGGUCCAGUUUAUAUGGUUACUAAAUGUUUACUUUAGAUAUCAAAACACAUUCAAGUUAGUCAGAUUGUCCAUCUGUUAUGUUAAUUGUGUUAUCCAUCUUACGUCCGUAUAAAGGUUUUGUAUUUCUGAGGGGUUUCUGGGCUUUUGUUUUUACUAGAAAUCAUUUGUUUUUCUUUUGCACUGUAAGCAUGUUGAUUUUGUUUUGGUAAUGGCUAGUUACUGGGAUUGAUUGAAUAGACCCCCUUAGCUUGCAUGACAAUUAUUGCUGAUUACCCAAAAGCUACUGAAAGCUAAUGAUCAGAUGUUGUAACUCAUUUCAUUAGAUUUAUUAUGCUAGAAGAGUCCACUAAGUAACAGUUGCUACAGCACACACAAAGCACAUCACAAAACAAAAAUAUUGUGAUUGUCACUAAUGUUUAACCUACUAUGUUCUUCUGUAUAGUACAGCCAUACUGUAAGCAUUUUUGAUACAUGUAUUCUUUUGUCCGUGCCUGUAUGGUUUAGAUCUCCCAAUAUAUAUUGUUAUUUUUUUAAUUUUUGUCCAUAAAAUACUGUACCAUUUUUAUUUUAUUUUUAUUUUGGAAAUCUGUUCCAAAGUAUUCCCAUGAAUAAUAGAGAGACAUACAGUAUUUGAUUGUAUACAAACAUAAGCAAGGUAUGGAAUUAUUCAGUUUUUAUCUGAUCUGUUUCGGCUUCUUGCGGUCAAUUUUCUGUCUACGGCUGAAUUGAGUUUUUUUUGUUUUAGUCACCUCUGUGUAUUUGAAUUCAGAUGCUGUAUUGUAUGUAUCGUCAAAGAUACUUGCUAUUAUUCUGUUUGUAUAAUCUCAUUGAGUAAUGGAUAAAGAAUAUUUUCAAAA